AUCGCAAAUUCAUCUCCGUGUUUUGCUUUAUCUCGUCGCAUACAGCGCAUCGCAUCGCAUUAUCACAAAGUCGCAUAUUUCCCCCCCCUUUCACACAUCACCAUGCCUGUUGAACUUCGUAAGCGCAAGGCGCCUGCUGCCCCUCCCCCUCCUCCUGUGAAGAGAAAGGCCACUGGAAAGACCGGAAAGGCUGCCAAGGCGAAGGAGGCUGCUGCAAAGGUCGCAGAGAAGGAGGACAAUCCUGAAAAGGUAGAGGAGCCCAAGGAGGAAACCAAGGAGGAAGCUAAGGAAGAGGAGAAGACUGAGGAGGAGCCCAAGACUGAGGAGCCCAAGGCGCAAGAAGCAAAGAAGUCGGGCGGCAAGGUCGAGGUUGGCGACAUUGUGGACCUUGAUACCUUUGGAGGCGAGAUUGAGACCAACGAUGGCGACAAGACCACCUUGAAGAAGCUCGUUGAUGAGAGCAAGUCUGGCGUCGUUCUCUUCACCUACCCCAAGGCAUCUACUCCUGGUUGCACAAAGCAGGUCUGCUUCUUCCGCGACUCAUACGAGCCUCUCACCAAGGACGGUCUGGCUAUCUACGGUCUCAGCACCGACUCUCCCAAGGCCAACACAACCUUCAAGGAGAAGCAAAAGCUCCCUUACCCACUAUUGUGCGACCCUAAGGCUACCCUUAUCGGCGCCAUCGGUCUCAAGAAGGCGCCCAAGGGAACGACGCGUGGUGUCUUUGUGAUUAGCAAGGAGGGCAAGGUCCUCGUCGCUGAGGCGGGAAGCCCACAGGGUACUAUGGACCGUGUGAAGGCUCUCGUUGAAGAGUUGGCUAGCAAGUGAUUGUGAGGCAUUGGUAUAUAUAUAGGCAAGUGUUUUGUGCGGUAUUUUUAACGGGUCAGUAGCAAUCGGUAUUUAAUUUAGUAAGGUACAUAUGUCUGGAAUCAACCAGACAUUAAAGAAGGUUUAUAGACCAUAGUAAUUAUAUGACUAG